UGGAUUCAUACGGAGUGUGAUGCUGAUGCGUUGGAAGGUGAGUACGUUUGUGCUGUGUGUCGAAAUUCCCCGUUGGUGGCUGAUGCGAUGAUGACUUCGGCCGGUAGUAGUUCACUGGCACCUUCGCCCGCAUCCGUAUCAUCGACAAGUCCUCAAGACGAGCACGAUGAUGCCACCUCAAGAAACGAUGCUCUCGAAGCUACCGGAUUCUCGGUCCAACCGGAUUCGCCAGCAAAUCGCAACACUAAUAGCCCGUUGGCAAUUUCCAAUAUCGACUCUACAUUCAAUGAUAUUUUCACGAUCGCUUCCUCUCAUACACCUGGUUGGUUGUUAUUCAAUUGCUGGGCGAAUAUUUAA